UUAGUGUUGUCAUCAAAUCAAGAUAACCUGUGCUUUCUAUCACAUGGAGGUUCAUCCGAAACAUUCACUGUUAAUGAAGGAUUACCAGUCAAUAGUAUUAUCGGAACUAUUAAAGUUAUUGGCAACGCAUCUAUUGAAGGAGAUAUUGAAUUAUCUUUAGCUUCAGAGCAGUCUUCAAGUCGAUGGCCGACCAUUUCUGACGUCCCAAUUAAGAUAGCCGAAGGAACUAAAGAUCUUAUACUCAUUAAAAAGUUAGACAAAGAAGGAGUAGAAGGGGAACAAAGUGUCAUAAUUGGAGUAAAAUGUAAAAAAAGGCAUUCAAGGGAUCAGUCAAUUAUAAUACCAAUACGUAUACUAAUAACUGAUGCAAACGAUAAUAAGCCCGAAUGGAUAGGUCUGCCAUAUGUCGUCAACAUUAGUGAAGUAACUGCAGUCGGAAGUGUAGUCAUGCAAAACAUCAGAGCCAUAGAUAACGACCAAUUGGGUCCCUUUUCGACGGUUGAGUAUUAUGUAGAGUCGGGCCCUUUCUCUCAUUUGGUUCGCUUUAUCAGUCAACUCGAAGGCACUCUCAUAUUGAGCGCACCCCUCGAUUAUGAGACACUUCCAAAAUUUUGGGUUACUAUUAGAGCUCAGGAUAGAGGAUAUCCGCCUCUUAGUGCCACCACUACAGUGACGGUCAAUAUUAUAGAUUCGGAUGAUCAAAAUCCACGCUUUGUUGACGACAAAUACUCUGCUACACUACCUGACCAACAAAGAGCCGGUGAACAACUUGUGAUAUCUCCCCGUCCUAUCAAAGCCGAAGAUCCCGAUAAAGGGAUCCGUUCACCGAUUAUAUACUCAUUUAAUUCAGAAUCUAAAGAGAACUCGUAUUUCUUAAUCGAUUCCAAGUUUGGAGACGUGACUCUCAAAAAACCACUGAUCCCUGCUUUGAGUCUUCCAUUAACUUUAGUGAUUAGAGCCACACAAGUAGAUAAUCGGGACAGAUAUGCCUUAACGACACUUACUAUACUUAAUAGAAGACAAUUAGUAUUGCCUGACAUCAGAUUUGUUCAGUCAAACUAUAGUACAUCACUUCUUGAAAGUACACCUCCCGGUCAAGUAGUUCUCACUGUUCACACCUCCCGAUCAUUACAAUUAAAUGGCGAUAAAAUAUCAAUGAGUGGUAUUGAGUUUCAAAUACUUGAUGACGAAGAACAACAUUUCGGGGUUAAAAAUACUGGAGAAGUAAUUCUUGUGAAAUCAUUAGACUAUGAAAAACAUAAAUAUUACUCAUUUAGAGUUAUGGUAUCUGAUGGUCGACAAAGUGAUGUGACCCGCAUAACAGUUCAAGUGUUAAAUGUCAACGAACACGACCCGGUGCUCUCACAAAACAAUUAUGUGUUUCAUGUUUCAGAGUCCAGACUUAGGAACAACUCAAUGAUCGGUGAAAUUCAUGCCACCGAUACAGAUGAUGGCGAUAUUAUACAGCUAUCACUGAAAGGUCCGCAUUCGAGUAUGUUCUCCAUCAACAGUGAGGGUCGACUUAGGGUUAAAAACCUUAAGAAUUUGAAUACAACUGAAUGUCACCUAAUAGUUAUGGCCACCGAUAGUGGAACUCCUCCACGAAGUGCCAGUGCAUCAGUUUUAGUACAUUUUUCACCACAAAUUCUUAAAAACUUUGGUCGAAAUAUAGAUUUUGACCAAACUUUGCCUGCAAUUGAUGUCAAUUUGUUGAGUGAAUCUUCAUUUUUCAGUCCAUCCAGUUCUUCAGCCAUUAUUUUAGUUAUAGUUUUAGGAGUAUUAUUGGGAACUCUUUUCAUAAUAAUAAUUGCACUGACAUUACAUGUGCUAAAACAUCGCAAAUAUGUGUCGUCCAGCGGUUCACUGCAUUCAACUUAUACUUCAUCCGUAACUCAUAACCACAAUUCGAUGUCAAGUGAUAACUCUCGUCGAAAUAUUUCAUCAUUAGGUUCGCUGAAGAACAAUAAAGUCGGAGCUUUACCUCAAUCGACAAUCAAUUCAAGUUUGGCAUCAAUUGGCACCAGAGGUGUUGAGAAUCCUAUAUUCAAUAUGCCGUCCAAUAGAACAACAACUAUAACCAGAAUAGAAGCCGACUCUGCAGUUGUGAGCGACGCGUCCUCUAAUGAGACAAUUAUAUCAACGGGUGACAGAACUGAUCUGAUCCGUAAUAUUCCCAGUCCUCUAAGUUCUAAUAGUCCGCCCCCACCGCCCAAUAUGACGGGCACUGCGUCCAGAAUUAGUGUAAUCAAAUGGCCGCAGGGAUCAAUUCCCAGAAGGGUUAAGAAAUUGACAUGGGAAGAUGAACGAGAUCACCAUCUCGACAACCAUUAUGAUCCUCAUUAUUCUUCAUCAAUAGCAAUCAGACCAAAUAGUGUUGACAACAAUGACAGCAACAAUGCAGUGUAUCGACAGACAGAACUGGAUCCGGAUGUCAGUGUUAUUCCUCUGAGACGAACACUUCAUAGCAGUGCCUCAGGUCUUCCAGAUCUGACUGUUUACUUCUGA